GCCACGCCAUCAUGUCGUUCGCAAUCAAAUUAGUGCUUUCAAGUGUAUUAGUCAUAGUUUCUCUCACUGCGUCUUGUGAUGGAGCACGUAUUCUAGGUUUCUUUCCAACCCCCUCCAAAAGCCAUCUGAUCAUUCAUAGCGCCAUUGCAAAUGCUAUAGCUGAACAAGGUCAUGACGUCACAGUGGUCUCAACUCACAAACUGAUAAAAAAAAAUCCCCCCUACCGUUACAUACAACUCGAUAUCGAUGGAUAUUCUGCUAGUAAAAUGUCAGAAACUGUUGUCAAUCCACCACCAUUUUAUAAGAAAAUUCAAGUUAUGAUGGACAUAUUUAAUAGCUAUGCGAAUUCAAGUGUAAAUCAUCCAAAGGUGAAAAAGCUAAUGGCUGAAGAAUCUUUUGAUUUGGUUAUUUUGGGAUAUUUUUUCAAUGAAUUUCUCUUGGGAAUUCCGGCACAUUUUAAAUGUCCCGUUGUGAUGUCAUUUAUGGUUCAAACUGUGCCAUUUUUAAAUGGGCUCGUUGGCAACCCUAAUGAAGCGGCUUAUGUACCGAGCACGUUGUUUGGUGGCAAACAACCGCUGGGAUUUUUCAAAAGAGUUGUUAACUUUUUGUUUGUAAAUAUUGGGGAGCGAUUUGCUUUAAAGUAUUUGCAAGAAUGGUAUCAGGAAGAUUUAUACAACAAGAAUUUCCCCGCUGAUAAGUAUCCAUCAUUCGAAGAAAUGAAGAAGAAUGUUUCACUUGUUCUGACAAAUAGUCAUUUUAGUCAAGGAACGAUUCGUCCAAAUGUCCCUGGUAUGGUAGAAAUUGGUGGAAUUCAGAUCAAGGAAAAGCCUGAUCCAUUGCCAGAGGAUUUAAAAUCAAUUAUGGACAAUGCAACCGAACAUGGAGUUGUUUAUUUCAGUCUUGGAUCAAAUGUUCAAGGAAGCACUUUAGAUCCUGUCAAAUUACAAGCGUUAUUCAAUGUUCUCUCGCAACUACCACAAACCGUUCUUUGGAAAUGGGGUGAUUCUGUUCUUCCAGGAGAAUCUCCAAAUAUUAUUUACAAAAGUUGGUUGCCCCAAGAUGAUAUCCUGCCACAUCAAAAUGUUAAACUUUUCAUCACUCACGGAGGUGGUGGUAGUGUUGUUGAGUCAUCGUUCCACGGAGUGCCAAUGGUCGGUAUUCCAAUAUUUGCUGACCAAAGCUCGAAUAUGGAAGGUGUUGUCAAACAAGGAUUUGGAUUGUCAAUUGACUACUCAGUACUAACUGAGGAGGGACUGAGAAGUGCUGUCAACGAAGUAAUGUCAAAUAAAAUGUACCGAGAAAAUGUUCAAAGAUUCUCCAAGGUCUACAAAGAUCGUCCAAUGACAGCCAAGCAGACAGCUGUAUUUUGGUUGGAAUAUGUCCUUAGACAUCAUGGAGCUCCUCAUAUGCAAAGUCCUGCAGUACAUAUGAAUUUCUUCCAACUGGCUUCACUUGAUGUUAUUGGAUUUUUGGUAGCUUGCAUUUAUGUUAUUUACAAAGUUUUCAAGUUUAUCUUUUUGUUUGUAAAAUCAAUGAUUUGGAGAACGAAGUCAAAGAGUAAAAAAGAAUAAAGAAAACUAAUUUAA